AUGAAAGACAGGGUGGUAGAAGGCAAGCGUUUAACACUGCUUCAACAAACACCUUUCCAUCAACUUCAAAAUCCAGCGCUAGAACAUCGAAUUGCCCUUCUAUCAACCAUCAUAACUAGAGCCAAACGGCGAAAACAACCAUCUCCUCCGCCUCCGCCUCCUCUGCCUCCCAUUCCUCAGAAUCCGCCCAAAACAACCCCGACCAGGUCUGAGCCGAAAGAAUCGUCGGAUAAAGGAGAACCUGCUUCUUCAGACAGUGCCUUAUAUGCUAAUUUAAAUCCGAAACCUCCUGAUCCGUGCCCAUAUCACUACAAGCCCGUCUAUUACUUCUUCUACGAUAGUCUCAGGCAGCCGGCCGUGCUCCAAGCGGUCCUUGAAUCCUCUGAGCCCCCCAAACUACGAAAUGCCAAAGUCCGUGGAUACUCGCUUGCGCCACGCGGUCGUUUCACGUCACUUGUCGAAGGUCAACCUGGGUCCGGGGUCCUGGGUAGGGCGGUACAAGUGCAAUCUGCUGAAGAGGAAUACAAGCUCGGCUGGUACCAAACCAGCGCUUAUGUUCUUACACCAUGUUUGAUCGAGUUUAUAGACAGAGAAGAGCCGAAAGAACUUGCGGGAUUGGUAUUCACAGAUGCUGGUGAUCAACGGGCCUGGAGGACUAUGCGAUUUGAUUACAAGGCUUGGAAGUCUCAGAUAGGAACUCGACUCCCACGAAAUUGGCAGAGAAGCACACUGGAGCCGAGUUCGUACUGUUCUUGCAUUCAUUGUUCGAGGUGGAUUCGCAGCAAAACACCGUACAACAGGAAGCUUCUCACAACGAAAAUGCCUCCUCGAAUCCCCACUGAAGACGACUUCUCCCCUCUAUCAAGCACCCUCCCUCACACUCUUCACUUCCCCUCACCACCAGAAUCAACCACCACAUUCCUCAUUCUCUUCCACGGUCUAGGCGACCACGAUGUUCCUUUCGCCUCUUUCGCCAAGAACCUCAAUCUUGCCGGUGUUCUCGCUAUUUCAGUGCGCGGUACAUCUGUUCUGCCAGCUGCGCUUCUCGGUGGUGAUAGGCCGGGAUAUCAUUGGGGUGAUGAUCUCACUGUUGAUCCCAGCACGGGAGACAUUGCGGAUGAUUCUGGUUUCGAGAAGGCUCGGAAUCUGAUCAUGGAUAAGUUAAUCGGGGAAACCCUUAUCGAGAAGUGCGGGUGGGAGAUGAGAGAUAUCAUUUUCUUUGGGUUUGGGCAGGGUGGCUCACUCGCUCUUGGUCUCGCCGCCUCUCUGAACAAGACCCCUCGAGUCACUGAUGUUUUCGACGGUGAGAGCACUUCGCCAGGUAACAAGAAAUUCAAGGGUGCUAUAUCUCUCGGUGGACCUUUGCCGCAAUCUAUGGUGUCUACAGUCACGAAUCGCAGCAAGAGCAGCACAAGCGUGUUGGUAUGUCAACUUGACGACGACGCUGUCGAUGCUGUGAAGCGAGAGUUCGACGAUGUCAAGGUCGUCCAGUGGAAGAGACGUGAGGUGAGCAUGCCAAUGAACAGAGAUGAGGUGUUGCCUUUGAUGCAGUUCUUUGCAGAUAAGCUCAAGAAUGAAUGGUAG